AUGAACCGACAACAGGCCGAGGGGCCCUCGCCCCUGCAGAAGUGGGCGGCCAGAGCCUCAGAGUCGCAGUUUAAUGCUAUCGCCGGUGCGCUCGGUGGUUUUACCUCGGGCGUGGUAACUUGCCCGCUCGAUGUUAUCAAGACCAAGCUCCAGGCGCAGGCCGCCGUCAAGGCUGGCCACUCGCGUAUGUACAAUGGCCUGGUUGGCACGGCCAGUGUGAUCUGGCGAGAAGAGGGUAUUCGAGGCAUGUACCGUGGUCUGGGGCCGAUUGUUCUCGGCUAUCUCCCUACCUGGGCAGUCUGGUUCACAGUGUACAACAAAUCCAAAGUGUACCUGGCCGACUAUCACCACAAUGUCCAUCUUAUAAAUUUCUGGUCUUCUAUUAUUGCAGGAGCUAGCAGCACCAUUGCUACCAACCCGAUCUGGGUAAUCAAGACCCGGCUCAUGUCACAGAGCAACCCCAACGCCCACCGUAACGAUCAUCCCAGGCCCGGCAACACACCAACCGCGCGCCCAACACUACACACAGCCUGGCACUAUCGGUCAACGCUCGAUGCCGCUCGCAAAAUGUACAGCUCCGAGGGCCUCCUCUCCUUCUACUCGGGCCUAACACCGGCACUCCUUGGUUUGACCCACGUGGCGGUGCAAUUCCCAACCUACGAAUACCUCAAGACGAGGUUUACCGGACAAGGCAUGGGUGAGCCAGAGGCCCCUGGCGAGCAGGCCCAUUGGUCUGGUAUCUUGUCCGCGUCAAUAUUAUCCAAGAUUCUCGCCAGCAGCGCAACAUACCCGCACGAAGUGAUUCGCACACGACUUCAAACGCAACGGCGACCCGUAGCAGGCGAGCAGUACCUACAGGGUCUCGGUGUCGCCACACCAGGGGUCCAAGCACAAGCCAACUCUAGCUCGAGUUAUACGCCAAAGUACAAGGGCAUUGUUAUGACCUUUCGCACCAUAUUACGAGAAGAAGGCUGGCGGGCAUUCUACGCCGGUCUCGGAACCAACAUGAUGCGCGCAGUGCCGGCAGCAACAGUGACAAUGCUCACCUACGAGUUUGUCAUGCGCGAGCUGCGACACGCCCGAGCAGAAGGACGUGCCGGCUUGGGGCUGUCGGUGGAACACAAGUGA